AUGGCCAUAAUAAACAACGUGACCCAGUUAAUCUUUACAGGACUCUUUCAGGAUCAAGAAGUACAGAGAGGAUGCUUUGUAGUUUUUCUGCCGAUGUACAUAGCCACAAUGUUGGGCAAUGGCCUCAUCAUCUUGACUGUCAACAUGAGCAAGACUCUGAACUCCCCCAUGUACUUCUUCCUCAGCCAUCUGUCCCUAAUAGAGAUCUGUUACUCUUCUACAGUCGUUCCUAAAUUAAUUUCUGGCUUAUUAGCUGAGAACAAUACCAUCUCUUUGGAUGGCUGCAUCACCCAGAUCUUCUUUUUCCACUUCUUUGGAGUUGCUGAGAUCCUCCUGCUCACGGUGAUGGCCUAUGAUCGAUAUGUGGCCAUCUGUAAACCUCUCCAUUACAUGACUAUCAUGAGCCGUCCUGUGUGUCGUGUGCUGGUGUUUAGUUGCUGGAUGGCUGGCAUUUUUCAUUCUGUGAUUCAGAUUCUCAUUACGGUUCGGUUGCCCUUCUGUGGUCCCAAUGUGAUUGAUCACUAUUUCUGUGACCUCAAUCCAUUGUUCAAGCUUGCUUGCACUGAUACUUUUGUGGAAGGGGUUAUCGUGUUUGCCAAUAGUGGUCUAAUCACUUUAUUCUUCUUCCUCCUCUUGAUUUUUUCUUAUGUUGUUAUCUUGGUUCACUUGAGAAACCAGUCAGCAGAGGGGAGACGUAAGGCCCUCUCAACUUGUGGCUCUCACAUUACUGUUGUUCUCUUAUUCUUUGUUCCUGCCACUUUUCUCUACUUGAGACCCUCUUCUACUUAUGCUGAAGAUAAACUUCUGUCUGUGUUCUAUACAGUGCUUACUCCAAUGUUGAACCCAGUCAUCUAUACCUUGAGAAAUACUGAAGUGAAGAAUGCUAUGAGGAGGUUGUGGGGAAAAAAAUGA